AUGGUUCAAAACGAAAGAUAUUACACGACUGUAUGUUAUAUUGUAGCUAGAGAUCCUGUAGCUCGUAAACGUGCAAUGGGUAAUGAAACAAUGAAUCUCCAACCAUUAUUGCGUAUUGCUAUUAUCUUGUCAUGGGAUGUAUUUUUCUUUGUAUUGGAAAGAGUUAUUUGUUAG